AUGGCGGAAUACGAAGUGAAGCAGGAAGCGAACGGGUAUUAUGAGGAUGCCGGUGCCUACGACGACGUGGAGACCGGGGAACAAGACAUCACAUCUGAAGACUGCUGGAAAGUCAUCAGUUCAUUCUUCGACAUCAAGAAAUUAGCUUCUAUGCAGAUAGACUCAUUCAACCAUUUCAUGCGCUCAGGUUUACAGGAUCUAGUCAACGAAAAGGGCGGCGUUACGUUGGAUCAUGCACAAAAUGUCGAUGAAAGUGACCCAAAUCCAGUUGUCAUCAAGAGACAUGAAGUCAAGUUUGGCAAGGUCACGCUCAGCAAGCCUAAUCAAGUCGAGCCGGACGGCACAACAACGGACUGCAUGCCUCACGAAGCACGAAUGCGGAGUUUGACCUACGCAAGCCCAGUCUAUGUCAAGAUGACGCGAAGGACAUACUACGCAAAAGAGCGUCCGUGGGACGAAGAUGAUAAAGACGCUGGCGUUAUGAGAGAGGACGGCACUGAGCUGUUUUGGAGAGAGGGUGAUGAUGAAGAUGACUUCGACAACGACAGAGAGGUGUACAUAGGAAAGAUCCCGAUCAUGGUCAGAAGCAUGACUUGCCACUUGGUGAGCGAGAAAUUCCAAAGCGAGAGAGACCUCUUCGCCUGGGGAGAAUGUCCAUACGACCAGGGAGGCUACUUUAUCAUCAACGGCAGCGAGAAGGUGCUCAUUGCUCAAGAACGAAGUGCCGGAAACAUUGUCCAGGUCUUCCAGAAGGCAGCACCCUCGCCGUUCACCCAUCUCGCAGAGAUCAGAUCCGUCAUCGAUCGCGGUGCCCGCAUGAUGUCGCAGUGCACGGUCAAGCUCUUCCGCAGAGUCGAUGGUCCGGAUGGCACCAAGAUCGACAACCCUAUCCGAGUUCAACUACCAUAUGUCAAGCAGGACAUUCCUCUUGUUAUUGUCUUCCGAGCUUUGGACAUAGUCUCCGACGCCGAUAUCUUGGAGAAGAUCUGCUUCGAUCAGAGUGAUAAAGAGAUGAUGGAUAUGCUGAUGGGCUCACUCCAAGAAGGCCAGGCCAUUCAGGGUGCAGAUCUCGCUCGAGACUACAUUGCGCGCCGAGGUAACAUUCCGACUCUGAAAAGCCACGAACGGCAGAAGCAUGCCACAGACAUCUUGCAGAAGGAGUUCUUACCCCAUAUCGGACAAAGCCCCGAUGCCACCGCUAGAAAGGCAUUCUUUCUCGGUUAUAUGGUCAAUCGGCUGCUGAAGUGCGCCCUCGGUCGUGCUGAGCCGGACGAUCGAGAUCAUCUGGGGAAGAAACGACUCGAUCUUGCCGGGCCUUUGAUGACCAACCUCUUCCGAUUACAGUUCGACAAAGCCACUAAAGAUUUCUACCGAUACAUGCAGAAACGUGUGGAAGCGGGCCAACCCAUCAACAUCAUGGCCGGCUUCAAGCAUCCAAUUAUCACAAGCGGUUUGAAAUAUUCAUUGGCUACCGGUAACUGGGGCGACCAAAAGAAACUGGACAAAGCGAAGGCUGGUGUUUCUCAGGUGCUCAGCCGAUACACUUUUGCCUCUACUUUAUCGCAUCUUCGUCGCACCAAUGCUCCCAUAGGCCGGGAGGGUAAAAUUGCAAAACCGCGUCAACUUCACAACACUCAUUGGGGUUAUGUUUGCCCGGCUGAGACGCCUGAAGGUCAGGCUUGCGGUCUGGUCAAGAACUUGUCUCUCAUGUCCAUGGUUACAAAUACCUAUGAGACUGCUCCCUUAGUGAAUUAUAUCCUCACCAAACAUGUCGAAGCACUGGAAGAUUGGGAACCCCGGUUGAAUCCUCAGGCGACCAAGGUAUUUGUCGACGGUGUGUGGUUUGCGGUAGUCCUACGAGAUCCAAAACGUCUCGUUGAUGACCUGCGCAAGCUACGUAGAAAAGGUGUCUUUGACGCUCAAGUAAGCUUGGUCUGGGAUAUUCGAGAGAAAGAAUUCAAAGUCAACGGUGACUCGGGCAGAAUUGUCCGACCUCUGUUUGUUGUUGAGACCGACCCGGCCUCAGAAAACCGUGGCAACCUAGUGCUGAAUAAAGAGCACAUCACCAAGCUCGAUCAGACUGCCUAUUUGAAGGAAAGUGGCUUCCAGUGGACUGAUGAAGUCAGACCAUAUGGGUGGAACAAUCUUCUCGAAUCCGGCGUUGUUGAAUACCUUGACGCCGAAGAAGAAGAGACCGCAAUGAUUAUCAUGACACCCGAGGCCCUAGCAGACUCCAAAGCAAGAUGGAUGGGCAUGGAGAUUGAGGCUGAGGAUGAUCCCUUGCGGAGAAACGAUCCUCUGCUGAAUCCCUUCUCGCACACCUUCACUCACUGCGAAAUUCAUCCAAGCAUGAUCUUGGGUGUCUGCGCUAGUAUCAUUCCGUUCCCUGAUCACAACCAAUCCCCUCGUAACACCUAUCAAUCCGCCAUGGGUAAGCAGGCUAUGGGCGUUUUCCUCACCAACUUCGACCAACGUAUGGAGACCAUGGCAAACAUCCUCUACUACCCCCAGAAACCUCUCGCAAGAACGAUGGCAAUGGACUAUUUGAAAUUCCGAGAACUUCCGGCUGGACAGAACGCCAUUGUCGCCAUCGCGACCUAUUCGGGCUACAACCAGGAAGAUUCCGUCAUCAUGAAUCAAAGCUCGAUCGAUCGUGGUCUCUUCCGGUCGCUGUUCUACCGUACCUACCAAGAUUCGGAGAAGAUAGUGGGCCACUCCGUGGUAGAGCAGUUCGAGAAGCCGACGAGAGCUGAUACUCUCCGUCUUAAGCACGGCACAUACGACAAGAUUGACGAAGACGGGAUUGUCGCUCCUGGUGUCCGUGUGAGCGGUGAAGAUAUCAUCAUGGGAAAGACAGCACCAAUGGCGCCAGACGCUGAAGAACUUGGUCAAAGACAGAAGCAGCACAUCAAGCGCGACGUGUCAACGCCUUUGAGAUCUACAGAGUCUGGCAUCGUUGACCAGGUCCUGCUGACAACUACCAACGAGGGUCAUCGGUUUGCCAAGGUCAGAGUUAGGACAACGAAAGUGCCUCAGAUUGGCGAUAAAUUCGCAUCUCGUCAUGGUCAGAAAGGUACGAUUGGCAUCACGUACCGUCACGAGGACAUGCCGUUUACCCGAGAAGGCAUUGUGCCGGAUCUGAUCAUCAAUCCUCACGCCAUUCCUUCUCGCAUGACCAUUGCACACUUGAUCGAGUGUCAGCUCUCCAAAGUAGCGACACUUCGCGGUGAUGAAGGAGAUGCCACGCCCUUCACGAAAGUCACCGUGACACAGAUCUCUGAGUUGCUGAGAAGAAUGGGCUACCAAUCCCGCGGCUUCGAAGUCAUGUAUAAUGGCCAUACCGGGCGCAAGCUGGUUGCACAAGUCUUCCUCGGUCCUACCUAUUACCAACGUCUCAGACAUAUGGUCGAUGACAAGAUCCAUUCCCGUGCUCGUGGUCCUACUCAAAUCUUGACCCGACAACCCGUCGAAGGUCGAGCCCGUGACGGUGGUCUGCGUUUCGGUGAAAUGGAACGCGACUGCAUGAUCGCGCACGGUGCGUCGUCGUUUCUCAAAGAACGCCUUUUCGAUGUCUCCGAUCCUUUCCGCGUGCACAUUUGUGAUAUCUGCGGAUUGAUGACCGUGAUCGCAAAACUCAAAAAGAAUACCUUUGAGUGUAAGAACUGCAACAACAAGAAUCGCAUCAGUCAGAUUUACCUGCCGUAUGCGGCCAAGUUGUUGUUUCAAGAGUUGUGGAGCAUGAACAUUGCGGCAAGGUUGUAUACAAAGAAGGGCUAG